UGCCUUUUUGAAUUCCAAGGUGGACUUUGUUCUACGCCUUUUACUGCCUAAUCUAACCGGUGAUUUUCGUUAGGCUACUACUCUUGCUAAAGCUAAGAGAUUCCCCUUUGCUUCUUUAUUGAAAGCGAUUUAAGUUGAUCGAGCAUCAGCUUUAUCGACCCUUGGAUACCACUUGAAACAAAGUUUCUUUCUGGGUUGGAAAUUGGGUUCUUCUCAGAAGUUUGUGCUGUUAUAGAAUUAAAACAAAUGGGGGAGCUUUUGGGGCUGAUAAAAGUGGUGGUUGUGCAAGGUAAAAGGUUGGUUAUCAGGGAUUUCAAGAGCAGUGAUCCUUAUGUUGUAGUCAAGCUCGGUGAUCAGGUGGCAAAAACUAAGGUUAUCAACAGUUGCCUCAAUCCAGUAUGGAAUGAAGAGCUUACUUUCUCCCUCUCUGAGCUUGUUGGUGUUCUAAAUUUGGAAGUAUUUGACAAAGACCGUUUCAAGGCUGAUGACAAGAUGGGACAUGCUUAUCUAAACCUUCAGCCACUUGUCUCUGCUGCUAGAUUGAGCCAUGCCCUCCGAGUUUCUUCUGGUGAGAUGACAUUGAGGAAGGUUGUACCUGACACUGAUAAUUGUCUCGUUAGAGAGAGUUCUAUUAGUUCUAUAAACGGUGAAGUAGUUCAGAGUGUUUGGUUAAGGCUUCGCACAGUCGAGUCCGGGCAGAUAGAGCUAAAGGUCAGGUUAAUUGAGGUAUGCGACAGGUCUUCAAGAUAGUUGAGCUAUCUGCUGAUGACGUAGUGUUUUUGGGGGGAUCAGGCUCGGCUUUCGUCCUGAUAUAUAAGGUAGAAUGGUUUGAAUGUGUGAAGCUUCCAGUGUAGAUUAGCUUAGGUAAUCAGGCUUAAAAUAGGUGAUUUGAAACUAACCUGUGGUGGAAUGAAAACUCUGUUUGUUUAAUCCCUGUUUGUAAUUUUCAGGAUUGCAAUGGCAGCCAAAACUUGACCCAAAUA